ACGUCAUGCACGACUUACUCUCCUGUCGACUUGCCCAUUUCCUACGGUCAAAACCCAGGUUUCCAUUGCGCAUUCUCUUACACAACACACAAGGCAUUUGUCCAAGUAUUUUUGUUGAAAACGCAACUGUUGCUACAGGAUAAUUGGGCAACCGCAUUAUUUGUUCCCACGCCGCCACAACUUGCUUUGUUUGGCUCGUCCUGGGCCAAGCGUCUUACGGUCUUCAGUUUUUACCCAAGGUAGCCUUCUUCCUUCCCUUUUUCUUCUCUUUGGCUUUGUUUGCCCACACUCCAACAGUGCGUCGUUGGUCGGUAUCCAGACCACCCGCUUUUGCUUUCCCUAUAACCCGACAAUUUCCGACCGUCUCCAUACCAUGGACAAGAUGGACUUGACUCUCCCCUUUGGGCCAGACAACCACCAGACCCGCACCUGGAAGCUUGAUGAAAGCCGCAAGGAACAGGCCCGAUCGCUUGCUUCCCGUCUUGGAAUUACUUACGCUCCCGGAACUGCUCCACCUUUACCGUCCGCAUCUACUCAUCCCGAGCUCUACGAACUCGCUACAACAGCACUCAAAGAGGCAGGAGGUCCACAAUUCAUUAACCCCGAUCACAUUACCGCCCGAAAAAUGCAUGUUACCCCGAAUUCUGACGAGAGCAUCUACCUCAACAUCCUGGGAGGUCUCGCUGGAUACCUGAUUUUCGAUCUACCAGAUGGUCAAGGCGGGUUUGUUCUCAUUGAUCCAAAGAGGGAACGAACCACCGCCUGGCAUCCGGAAAGGUCGACACGAGAGGCCGCAUGUGUGUGUGGAAGUUUGGUGCUGCGGGAGGCCAAGAGGAAAGGUCUUGCAGAAGUGGAUGAUUUGGCAAAUGCGUUGAGCUCCAUGGCAAUUGAUCCCGAGACGGGAUUGAUGAAGAAUUUGGAGGAGGCCUUUGGACACAUUGAUAUUAAUUCAGUUACUAACAAGGAGCCAGAUAUAGAAAGCAUUACACUUACUCAAGUCGAUUUGCCCAGCGUGUCUUCCACCCCGAGCUGGUUGAGCUAUCCACAUGCUCCCGGUGCAGCGGAAACAAGGGGACACAGGUUAUCAAAUCCAUGGUAGACAAAUCAUUUCACUGGUUAUCUUGAUCGUACGAAAGUUCAUCGUUAGUCAAGUCAUGUUUCUUGUUAUUCUCAAAAUCGAACCGCAGCGAAGGGGGUAUGGGAGGAUUGAGGACAUUGUGCGGGAACAUUUGUCCUUGUGCUGGCGUGCAGCGACGUGCAUUAUUGGUGGUGUCAAGGGCUCGUGCAAAAGGGUACAUCUCGUGAAGGCGCCCUUGACGUUGUGCAGGGAUCUUUUAUUUUUUUUUCUUCUGUGCGCGAAUGGUUUAUUGGUAAUAUAACAGGCUGGACUCUAGCAUUCAUUCUGACCAUUUCAACAAGUAUAAGAAAACAGUAUUAUUAUUUAC